AUGUCUUCCGUCCCACAGCAACAGCAACAGCAUACCAAUAAGGAAGAAGAAGAAGAAAACGAAGAUAUUGCUCCUCCGACACCGGGACCUGUGCCUGAUUCCCACGUGGACUCCGGUCGAUCCAGUGAUGAUUACGGCGAUAUGGCCACUUACAGUGCCAAUUUGAUCGAGUUGUCUGGCCUCGAUCUGAAAGCGAUCCGAGAAAAUCCUUUAUAUCCGCGGGAACAAGAGAGAGCAGAUGAGCCUGUUCUUCGUGCAAUUCGCCAUCUUUUCAAUAACCGCUUUAUGAAGGCGAAAAAGUUGUUUGAGCGCUAUGCUUCAUGUGAUCCUUUGCAUGCUUUAGGUCUUGGUUCCAUGGCUUUUUUCAAAGCAGUCAUGACAAUGGAUGACAAGGUGUCCAAACAUGCGAUUAGCGUUCUCACCGCAACUUAUGGGCUCGCCAGUGCUCAAAUCGAUGCGGCUACCAAGAAAUCCGUGGGCGAUUCCGUUGUUCAGUAUUUUGCUUCUUAUUAUCAGUACAUCAAAUAUUCCCGCGGAAAUGCAUUACCAGCCAGUCCCAAACCCGCCACAAAGGAUGCUAUCAGAAAGAAUAAUAUCACCUUUGUACCCAACGGCGUAUUACGUGCUCACGUAGCCAAAGCUGAAGCCUGUCUACAAAUUGCUAUUUUGAAUCUCCUGCAAGAAUCGGUUUUAGGCUAUAUCAAAUGCGGAUUGAACCUGCGACGAGCAUACACCAGUUACAGUCUGGUAUGGCAAGAGUACAAACGCAUGGGUCAACUUUACAACGAUUACAUCGAUCGAGAUACAGUAUCCGGUAUUCAGUUUGGUAUUGGUGCCGUGCAUUUAGUGUUGUCGACGCUACCUCAAAAGAUCUUGCGUAUCGUGUCCGCAUUUGGAUGGAAAGCCGAUAAGCACCUUGGAUUUGCUUUAUUAAAGUUGUGCUUGGAAGGACGACGUAUCCGGUCCCCCAUGGCCUCGUUAACGUUACUCGCUUAUUAUACUUUCCUUACCUCUUACUGUCCACAGAUACUGGCGGAUGAAUUUACACAGCCAGCUAUUGAAACAUUACUGGAUGCUCAACGUGCGUAUCCGAAUUCAGCAUUUUUCCUUUAUUUCGCCGGUCGAACAUCACGAGCAGCACGUAAUCUCACGCUUUCUAAUCAAUCGUUUAUUUACGCCAUUGAAACAAGCAAGAACGAGUGGGCCGAAGUAGAAGUCGCUCAUUUGUGUAGCUAUGAGAUCGGAUUCAACUAUAUGAUGCAGCACAACUGGGAAGAAGCGAUAAAAAUCUUUGAGAUGCUGCGAAAGGAGCGAUAUUGGUCGCCGGCGAUUUUCCGAUACCUUGAAGGCGCGUGCUUGGAUAUGAUGGGCAAACGAACCGAAGCCAUCCUGGCGUAUGCUGAUAUUCCUCAGUUGACGGGAUCGAAAGCAGCAGGAACAGUGACUAUGGAGCAGUAUAUUGUGCGCAAAAUCAAUUCCCUACAAGCUUCCGGAUACCAGGAUAUGGACAUGACCUUGUGUGCCUUGGAAUACUUGUGCCUGUUCAAUGCUUUUUCAUUCAUGGAUGCACCACUCCUCGAGCAGAAUCUCAAGAAAGCGGAUCAUGCCCUUGCUCAGAUUUUGGAAGCCGAAAAAAUCGAGUAUGAUAUCCGCACGCAGGAGCUCCUGCCGGAAACCCCGCCACCGCAGUAUUUUGAUCAACGAGGUACCCUGUUACUGAUCAAGGCAUGCAUCCAAAAUGCAAUGGGCCACUACCGCGACUCGAUUAUCCACUUGAACUGGAUUAUCGAUCAUAAAGAUAUGAUUGUGCAUGACAAGUGGAUUGUUCCUUUUGCCUUUUGGGAAGCCGGUGUCACCUCGUGGGGUUUAGGCAACAAAGUUCGCGCACGCUAUUUCUGGGAAACCGCGCUUGGAUUCACGAAAUAUGACUUUGAAUACCGAUUAGCUGUGCGGGUCAACUUGGCUAUUACCAAAGCUGAAGAACUUGGUGUCGUGUUGCCUGAUAAAGAAAACCAGAAGCAACCUCAUUCACCAAAACAGGAAAUGAUGUCAAGCAAAGCAUCGUUACCUGAGGCGGAGACUCGUUUGAGUAGCGAUUCCGUCACGUCCCCCACGCCGGGUAUGAGUUCAAACACCAUGCGAAAGCAGUUCUUGCAUACAUGA